AUGGGAAUUAGCUCGUUGAUUCCCUAUAUAACCUCCAAAUAUCCAUCUCUCAUCGUGGCAAGUACCUCUUUUGAGUACCUGGCUGGAAGACAGAUUUUUAUCGACUGCAAUUCGGUCCUACGAAGGUCACUUUACGGUGCACUUAACAAGACCCUGGAACAUCGACGCUCUCACUAUCUACGAGGCACAAAGCAUAUAGAUAUUAAAGCCCUGCGUGGCCACAUUCUAAAUUUCGCGGCUAGACCUUUGAUGCUUUUAAAUUCAGCCUUAAGCAAAAUUAGUGACAUUGAAGUGGUGUUUGUGAUCGGAUCGUUGCCUCCUUUCAGAUCAAAGUCAUACGUUAAUGUACUAGAUACAAAAGAUAGCCGGAUCCUUUCUGCACUAGUGGAUCAUUUUGAAGGCAGGAGUGAGUAUAAACUCUGUAUAGGCCUAAGACAAGAAGACGUACUUACAAUAUCUGAAAGAUUGAUGGAUAGACGUGCAAAGGUGAAAAUUAGAGAAGAUAACAUAGGAAGACGAUGUGUUGAAUUUUGUUCAAGCCCUUCAAGUUAUGUUUUAUCUGACGAUACUGAUGUUAUCGCAUUUGGGGCCCCCAACGUUAUAAGAAAUUAUUUAGGAAAGACCAAAUGUAGUUGUAUUAACCAUCGAGAUCUACUAAACGCGAUGGAAUUAACCAGAGCCCAGUUUAUAGACUACUGUAUCCUUUCUGGAUACAAGGACUUCAAAGUACCGGAAAUUUAUCCUGGAAGAGCUCACGAGAUUAUAAAGCGUUUUAAAACUCUGGAAGACUUUUUUUCAUCUUCAUUUUACGUCACUCUUUUCAAUUCGAAAACUGGAACAGCGUUACUCAAGGCUCACAAUAUGAACCUUGACGAAUAUACUCAACAGGUUUUAAAUUUUAAAGCUCUUAGAGAGGAGCUAGACAUCCACAAGGAUUUUUAUUGA